AUGCGCUGGGCCUCGCAGCUCCUGGCCUUGGUGGCGGCGGGUGCUUUAGGAACGAAUGCCUUGGAAGCUUCAAUCCUCACAUUCCCGGGAGAGCAAGGAAAGAACUACAUCAAGCAAGAGGUAGUGUCAGAAGAUGUUGCUCGGCUGAUCUUGGAGCUUCGCACAAAACCCUCUCUGGCAUCUGUCCUCGGGAAAAUGGACACAGACAUGGUGGACCGUCUAAAUCAGUUCACUGAAACUGAGUUCACCCUCUUCGGUAGCGGCCAGGAUUCUAAAAACGCGAAGAAGAGUGUUAUCAUCAUUGAGGGUCUGGGUACGGACAUUAGCUCAGUCUUGCGAAAGAGAGAGCCACAAAGUCUUUUUGUUCCUCGCGCUUCGUCGGAUCUUGUCAGCGACUAUCUGGAGUCUUUGAUGGAAGAGGGCAGUGGCAAAUAUUGCCUCUACGAUGGGAAUUUCAAUGGUGACUCAAACGCCGCUCAGUCCGUCAAAGAGUGUCUAUCCAAGGAUCCUGUCCUAUCUCAAGCAGAGAACCUGUUUGAACCUAGUCUUCUUGACCUAAUCAACUCUGCAGAAACAUGGUUGAGUAAAGAUGGAAUGACAAGCGCUUCGAAGUUAUCGCUAAAGACAACCUCGAAUUCCGACCUGAUCGUCACUGAAUCUCUCAUGUCUACUCUCAAUGAUCUGACCAAGUUAUCUUCUGAUCGAGAAAUUACAGCUAUUUUGCUGCCAAUGCUCGGUGAUCAGGCUAUAAUUCCCCCACGCCCUUCUCGGCGAGACACAAAAUACUGGGCACAGUCAUCGACAACCGCUUCUGGAUCCCAGAGCGAUUUGCAAAGGUCUUCGGCAUUGCCUCUGCACUCGAACCUCGCACCUGUCUGUCAUUCAACCAAUUCCUCCUGUACAGAUGCCACCAACAAUUGCUCGGGACAUGGAUCUUGCUUUUUGAAGUAUGGAUCUAGCAAAGAAGGGAGUGCGGGCGAUUGUUAUGCAUGUCGAUGCAAGCCAACUAUCAAGCGAAUGAGCGAUGGCACCAUCCAAAAGGACUUUUGGGGCGGUCCAUCGUGCGAGAAAAAAGACAUUAGCUCUCCAUUCUUCUUGAUCGCUAGCGUCAGCAUCUUGGCCAUUGUCAUGGUCGGCAGUGCCAUUGGAAUGCUUUUCAGCAUGGGCCAGCAAGAACUUCCCAGUGUCAUUGGUGCUGGCGUAGGCGGGUCGAAGACGACCUGA